CCACAGCUGGCGCUGCCAGCUUUCUCGGACACAAUGAGUGACAGGUCGGGGCAGCUGGUGAGGAGAAGGAACAUUAGCCCCUGAGUCCUGAACCCCCAGUUCUGCGGCUCCCUCAUGCACUAGCUGUGUGACCCCGGUCCGGUCCGUACCCUCACCUGGGCAGAGCCUCCCCGAUUCCAGGAGGAGGAAGUUGAGUCAGAAUGGAACUGAGAGAAACGAGUAUCUUUAAAGGUCACACUGGUUUCUCAGAUGGGGCUCGAGCCCUCAAGUCUUCAGGAAGGGGAGCUCAAAGCAGGGAAGUUUCUGCUCUCCCUUGAUCCCCACCUCUCUCUAAUUCUGAUAGCUCAACUGAGUCAAGGCCUCUAAGAGAUCAAGUUGGAAACUCAGUGGGCUUUUCCAGGACCCGCAUUCUAAGAAACCACUGGGGAAAAUGCGGCUCUGAGGGACAAACCAGGCCACCUCCUCUAUAUGUGCAAAUUCAUGAGGGACCCAACACAGAGAAGGGCUCUCUCAAAGCCCACCCAGGAGCUGGACAAGCCAGUGGAAAGUUACUGUACAGCAAGGGAGCUCCAGGACCAGCAGGAUGGGGUCAGCCUGCAUCAAAGUCACCAAAUACUUUCUCUUCCUCUUCAACUUGCUCUUCUUUAUCCUGGGUGCGGUGAUCCUAGGCUUUGGGGUGUGGAUCCUGGCGGACAGGAGCAGUUUCAUCUCCGUCCUGAAGACCUCUUCCAGCUCCCUCAAUGUGGGGGCCUAUAUCUUCAUUGGUGUGGGGGCAGUCACCAUGCUCAUGGGCUUCCUGGGCUGCAUUGGUGCCGUCAAUGAGGUCCGCUGCCUACUGGGGCUGUACUUUGCCUUCCUCCUUCUGAUCCUCAUUGCCCAGGUGACUGCUGGGAUCCUCUUCUACGUCAACAUGGGCAAGCUGAAGCAGGAGAUGGGCAGCAUUGUGGCCGACCUCAUCCAGAACUAUAACAGCACCCACGAGGACAGCCUGCAGGAGGCCUGGGACUAUGUGCAGGCCCAGGUGAAGUGCUGUGGCUGGAUUGACUUCUACAACUGGACAGACAAUGCUGAGCUCAUGAAUCACACCGAGAUCACCUACCCCUGCUCCUGCGAAGACAAGGAGGAAGGGGAUGACAGCGUCAUCCUGAGGAAGGGCUUCUGCAAGGCUCCCGGCAACGAGACCCAGCAUGGCAACAGCCCUGAGGACUGGCCUGUGUACCAGGAGGGCUGCAUGAAGAAGGUACAAGCGUGGCUGCAGGAGAACCUGAGCAUGAUCCUUGGCGUGUGUGGGGGCAUCACCAUCAUCGAGGUCCUGGGGAUGCUCCUGUCCAUCUGCUUAUGCCGGCACAUCCAUUCUGAAGACUACAGCAAGGUCCCCAAGUACUGAAGCAGCUGCUGUCCCCACCUCUUCCCCCAUCCCCUGUUCCCUAGCCUCAAGGUUCCCAGGGGUCUCCCUGGCCCCUCCUCCAGGCCCACCUCCCACCUCACUGCCAAGGGCCCUUGUGCUGAUGGGAAGUGGGGGCAUUCUGGGCCUGGCCCUUGUCCCUGCCUUUCUGCUGCCAGCCUUGAGUGAGGCUGUGUGGCCCCUCCACUCACUGCCUCCCAGGGUUCUCUUAGCAUCUCAGAGACACACCCCUGUGGCAUGGGCUGGGCUGCACCUGCCCUUGAGGCUAUGUAUAUUGUACAGGGGAAUAUGUACUAAAAAUUGGGGGAGGUAUCAGGGGACUACCCACUGGGUGGGUCAACUUUUUUCUUGCUAUGACACUUAUGUCUUUUUUUUUUUUUCACAUUUUUAUUGAAGGUGGGCUUUACCUGACAUUAGGGGCAGCAGCCAUUCCCCAGGCCUGGUGCGGCCCCAUCUGGACAGCUCAGAUCAUCCUGGGCCACGCAGUGGGGGCAGCACCUAAGUGAGCUAAGCUGAAGGGGUCUAGUGAGGGCAUCUUGCCUGGCCCUGGGGGCCUGGCAGAGAGCUGGCCCUGCAUUUUCCAGGAUCCUGAGCUCUCCAAGGAAGGGGAGGAGGAGGAGAGUGCCUUCUCCUGGGAGAAGCUGGGCUGGCCUAUCUCAGCAAACUGUCUUCUGGCCCCUGGGAGUGGGUGGCUGAGGCUGUGCCUUGUGGGAGAGUGGGGAGGGGGCUCUGUGUGCACAAUUGUAUAAAACAUGUUCAGGAUUCUAAGACUGACUAUUAAAGAGGCUUUGUAACAAUCCAGCCUGA